AUGGUUCGCUUGCCUUUGCGGUGUCUGGUCUGGGGCUGCUUGUUGACCGCUGUCCACCCAGAGCCUCCCACUCCAUGCAAAGAAGGACAAUACCAAACAAACAAUCUCUGUUGUGAUUUGUGUCCACCAGGAAGGAAACUGUUGAACGACUGCACUGAAGACAACAGUACAGAAUGCUCUCCUUGUGGUAAAGAAGAAUUCCUGAGCGCCCCGAACAGUGACAGGCGCUGCCACCAGCAUAAAUACUGUGACCGCAACCUAGGGCUCCAGGUGCAGAGGGAGGGCACCUCAGAGACAGACACCACCUGCAUCUGCAAAGAAGGCUGGCAUUGCACCAGCGCAGCCUGCGAGAGCUGUGUCCCACACAGCGUCUGCCCCCCUGGCUUUGGGGUCAAGAAGAAUGCUACAGGCAUUUCGGACACCGUCUGCAAACCCUGUUCAGUCGGCUUCUUUUCCAAUGUGUCAUCUGCUUUUGAAAAAUGCCACCCGUGGACAAGCUGCAAGAGCAGAGACAUGGCUGAACUGAAGCGGGGGACUAACAUGAGUGAUGCUGUCUGUGGUCCCGGGUCUCGGACAAGAGCCUUGGUGGCAAUCCCGGUAACCGUGGGGAUCCUGCUUGCUGUCCUCUUUGUAUCUGCCCUUAUCAAUAAGGUGGUCAAGAAGCCAAAGAAUAAGGCUACCCUAGGUGAAGACAAAAGGAAGGUUCCUGUGGAGACAGUUUUUCUGGAUGACAUUCCUGGCACCAACCCAGUUGCUCCAGUACAGGAAACAUUACACGGGUGCCAGCCGGUUACUCAGGAGGAUGGCAAAGAGAGCCGCAUCUCUGUGCAGGAGAGACUGUGA